AUGGCCCAAAUAAAAGGAAAGGAGAAAAAGGAGAGAAACGAGAAAAGAAAAGAAAAGAAGCAAUUAUCCAUCCCUCUCCAUCACAACGACGAAAAAGGUCGUUCCACAGAGGUGGAGACUGGGAACGACCGUAUGCCACAUAUAGCCCAGGGAAAGUAUUAUUAUUAA